AUGCCAAGAGAAGAGGCUCACUUCAUCCUUGGUUAUCCCAAGAAGGGGCAUAACCACUCCUACAUCACAGCUGAAGAGGCUGCAGGGAUUGGAAUCUUGACAGUGAUCCUGGGAAUUUUGCUGCUCAUUGCCUGUUGGUAUUGUAGAAGACGAAGUGGAUACAGAAGCUUGAGGGACAAAAGUAUUCAUGCUGGCACUCAAAGUACCUUAAGAGGAAGAUGUCCACAUGAGGGUUUUGGUCACCAGCACAGCAAACUGCCUUUUCAAGAGAGUAAUUGUGAACUUGUGGUUCCCAAUGCACCACCUGCCUAUGAGAAACUCUCUGCAGAACAGUCAUCACCACCUUAUUUGCCGUGA